GCCAGGAAGAAGCUGUCCGACACUGUUUUUGUUUACGAGGCGACAACCUAACAAAAGUGACAGGCUUGUCUCCAGCGACUUCAACAUACCAACCACACAGUCUUGCAGAUCUACGGUGGACCUUAUUUAUGUGCAUUGUUGCAGCCUGUAGUUCACUAUGGCCCAGAACCAGGUGAUCCUGCAGUUCCACUUUGCCACAUUUGGCGACUCCAUGCUGCAGAAGAUGAACCUCCUUCGGCACCAGCGACGCUUCUGUGACGUCACUGUACGCAUCAACCAGCUUAAAGUCUCAGGUCAUAAGGUGGUGUUUGCUGCUGGUUCUUCUUUCCUAAGAGACCAGUUCAUCCUUCAGCAGGACUCCAAUGAAGUGCAGAUCUCCAUGAUCCAGGAAGCAAAGGUCGGCCAGCAGCUGCUGCUGUCCUGCUACACGGGGCAACUUGAGUUUCCUGAACUAGAGCUGGUCAAUUACCUGACAGUAGCCAGCUUCCUCCAAAUGGGCCACAUUGUUGAGCAGUGCACUCAAGCGCUAAACAAGUUCAUCAAGCCACAGCUUCCUCACAAGCUGGAAGUGGAAAGUGAGAUGAGAAAGGGAAGCAAGGACGAAGGUUUGAGAGAGCGGGAGCACUGCCAAGUGCCGACUGUCCAGAAGGUGGAGCCCAUGGCGGAUGAUAUCAGUAGUGAUGAUGAUGAUGAAGAUGAUGACGAUGAUGUCAUUUUACAGCCCAAAUCCUCUCCUCAGAUCUCAGAUACAAAUCCCAGGCACGAUGUGGAAGAGAGUGACAUAAGCAUAGUAAAGGUGGAGUCUGUGGUGCCUAACUUUCCCACCAGCUCUCCAGCUGCCCUGCGCUCACCUGAGCCCCAACACUCUCUCAUCAAUUCCACCGUGGACAGUCGUGGGAGUGAAACGACGGCGCCCCCUAGCAUGCCAGACUUCAGUCCCCCUUCUCCGUCCAAUCCAGCAGAGAAACCGAGCAGUCACCAGAGGAACUACGACAAACCUCUCCAGUGGUACCACCAGUGCCCCAAGUGCAGCCGUGUCUUCCGGCAGCUGGAAAAAUACGCCAACCACCUCAAGAUGCACAAGCUCUUCAUGUGCCUCCUGUGUGGAAAGACAUUCACGCAGAAAGGCAACCUGCACCGACACAUGCGCGUCCACGCGGGCAUCAAACCCUUCCAGUGUAAGAUCUGUGGGAAGACCUUCACUCAAAAGUGCUCUUUACUGGAUCACCUGAACCUGCACAGCGGGGACAAACCUCACCGCUGUAACUACUGUGACAUGAUGUUCGCUCACAAGCCUGUUCUCCGCAAGCACCUCAAACAGAUCCACGGCAAGAACAGCUUCGACAACGCAAAUGAAGGCAACCUGCACGAUGGUGGGCCUGAAGAGAAUGACAACACUGGUCCCUUUUUCAUUCACUCAAACAAUUAUGAGACGGACUUAAAGGAGACAUAUUAUGGAAAAUUGACUUUUUAAUGUUUGUAUACAAAUAGUUGGGGGUCUGUAGUGCUUGCCCACCCAUCAAGUGUGAAAUUAAACAACCAAGUAAAUCUUUAGUUAUUUGCCUAUUUCUAAAAAUAUGUCUGUGAGGGAGCUGUUCUACACUCCUCCCCAUACUGUUAAAAAAACAGUGGAACUUAUCAACAUAAUAACCUCCCCCACACUAAGUUUCUCAGCUAGGCUAGCUGACGUUCCAGAGAGAAAUAACCACUUUGACGUGGCAGCAGAAGCACUAUCAUGUCAAAGCUAACAGGAAAGCAGAGCUGCAUUGUAAGCAACUAUGAGCAUUAAUUACGAGUAUUAGCUUCUAAUGGUUAUGUUUGGCUAAGUUGUUGGUGUGGGGUAUUUGUGUUUGACAAUGUCAUAUGCUACAUUACUACAUUGAUUGACAAGUGUAAUUCGGUGGCUUGGUGAUGAAAUGCUGCCUCCACAAAUGGAAUGGAAUCACUAUGGGCACUUGCUUUAAGUGGUGGCUUUACAAAAGGUAACUAUUGUUCAAUGCACACAUUAGUGAUAUAACAGAGUUAGCUUCUGAAAUAAGACACUUGAUUGCUCAGUGAAGAAAUGUGGGGGGACAGGGGUUGUUUGUGUUUAGCGGUGUUUCCACGUGUCACAUACGCAGGGUGAACUGCUGAAUCUGCAAGGUAAAAUGGUUUCAUUGUUUUUAAGCCAGUCUCAUGAAAGUCAGGCUCUCCAUUGACCCAACAAUAUGUGGGGCAGGAUGAGGACUGACGCACUGCAUGAGACAGAUCCACCUCUAAAAUCAGCCAAGGCAAGAAAUAUGCUGUAAAAAUGCUAAAUGGUAUUUUGUUAUUAAGACACCUGCAGGAAGCUUUCUGAAAAAUGCAUAAUAUGCCUCCCUUAAGGUAUAAUUUGAGACAUUGACCUGAUGAGAAUGUAAGAAUGAAAAGGCUAGUGUCACAAAGCUGCGCAGUGUCAGCAUAAAAUCUGCAAGUUAAAAAAAAUAAAAUAAAUCAUGUUCAAGUCACAAAAUCAAUUUGUGGAGGAUGUAGCAUUUACCAACAAAGAACAUUCGGUUUUGGGAAGUGUGGGAAUCGUUCCUAAGCCACAAAUCAACACUUCAUUUGUACAUCUGCCACCAUUUUGGACAGUUGUAUACCAAUGGAGACAAAACACAUUUAAAUUGCAUUUGUGUUCAUCAGAUAUCAUACAGUAACAUCACUUAAAUACACAGCUGACGCUCUAUGUUGGUCAUUUUUCAAAACUAUAAUAUAUUGCACUAUAAGUGGAAGACACUAUUCUUUAGGCUAUUAGCUAAUGCACAGUUGUACUCUUCUGAUUGUCAUGCAGACUGUGCCUGCCACAAUUUUUAAAUAUUCAUGCUCUUAUUAUUUUCCCUUUAGGUUCGCAUUUUAAUGUCUAUUUCAUUGGGGGUUACUGCUGUGACGAUCAAAAGAAAUACUGUAUGAAGGUGGCAAGGUAGAAAUUGUCAUGUGCCACUUUUGAAAGUUUGUAAAUACACCUGAUGUAUGAAUUCACUCAAAAAAACCUAAUAUUGAAAGUUUCUCAUUUGAAAAGCAAGUUAAUGCGAAAAUUCAAGUUUUGACAAUGUACAGUAGAUGCUGAGUUCCAGUGCAGCCCUCUGGAUAGACCUUCCCUUGCUUUGCGUGAACCGCCUGCUUGAGAAGUCCUGUGUUUUCAUCAACGGUGGCAUUAGCAGGCCUUCCACUGCACAGUUUGCCACAUAUCCUGUUUAGAAGAACUAGCUAUGGAUAGCAUAAAAUGUAGGUGCCGGAGCUCAAACUGUCGUUGCUAUAAUGCUAGAUAGCCAUGAUGCCAAAAAUUUGGAUGACCUCUUUGUAUCAAAAACGUGAGAUCAGUGCUAUGUCUUUUUCAUGGUAGAGUUACAAAAUGACCGAAACUUUCUAAAUGAAAUGCUGCUGACUGUACACCUCUAAAAAAAAAACAAAAAAAAACACAAAUUUAACUUGUGUAUGUCCCAACUCUUGCUGAACUAGUCGUCUUCAUAGAGAGUAAACUGUGGUUGAUGUUUCAAUAUAGCUUUAUCACUGUAGACUUAUUUCAUCAUAUUGUAGAUGCCUUCACUUUGCACUUGAACUAGCAGUGCUGAAACAUACAUUUUAUUGAUCGUAUUAUAUAACAGAGAACCUUAAACAUAUCAUGAUGCAUAGAUAUAGGCAUUCUGUAUAUAGGUAGCCUUUUUAUGUGUACAACAACUGGAAACAUUAAAUACCAGGUGCAGCUUUCUUAGAUUUGAAGAAAAGUGGCAUGCCAAACUUACUCACUUGAAAGUUAUUUCUGUUCUCCUGUAAAAAGAGCUUUGCACAAAAAAAAACAUAAAACUGUAAAUACAUAAAAGGUAAAAACACCAUUACCACUGUGGUUACAGUACGUCUUUCCUUACUCUACCCAUUGUUCAUGUAAAAUGUAAUUGUUUUUGAAUAUAAUAAUAAAUAUUUCAAUGUAUGAUUCCUUUG